AUGAUGAACCAAGACUUGGUAAGAUUGGACCGUUUUGAUGGUACUAAUUUUACUAGGUGGCAAGACAAGGUGAGGUUCCUCCUAACCACACUCAAGAUUGCCUAUAUUCUUGAGUCCACCUUGGAGCCCUUACCCGCGCCUACCGACAAGGAUACCGAUGAGGUCAAGGCACAAAGGAAGAAGAGAGAAGAUGAUAAUCUUCUAUGUAGAGGACACAUCCUCAACUCACUCUCGGAUAGGCUUUAUGACCUAUACACCGACACUAAAGAUGCCAAAGAAAUUUGGGAUCACCUUGAAAAUAAAUUCAAGGCCGAGGAGGAAGGUACAAAGAAAUUUUUAAUUUCUCAAUAUUUUGAUUUAAAAUUUCUUGAUGGUAAAUCUCUUUUACCUCAAAUUCAUGAGUUGCAAGUUAUUGUUAAUAAAUUGAAAGUGCUCAAAAUUGAACUUCCCGAGGCAUUCCAAGUUGGUGCAAUAGUGGCAAAAUUGCCACCAUCUUGGAAGAAUUAUAGGAAGAGAAUCCUUCAUAAAAAUGAGGAUUACUCUUUGAAAGAAAUCCAAAAACAUAUUCGAACAGAGGAGGAAUCGAUAUGUAGGGAUAAGCUUGUGGAGGGGUCUAAUGAUGAGACUUCCAAAGCAAAUGCUACUUCCAAAUUUCCUAAUAAUUAA